GGAGGAUCAUCAGACUCACAUGGUUUAGAGCGAGAGAUCGCAGGACAGUUUUCAGAGGAGUACAGAACAGAGGAGUUCCUUGAACGCUAAAACUACACAACCCUGUUUGUGGACUAGGUAGGUGGGCACAGGAACCUUGGAAAACAGCAAGACGGAAGGUAAAUUCUGGUUCUAUAAUCAAGAUGUCACCCAGACUACAGGUCUCACCAACAUGGUUUUUGGUUGAUGGUUUUGUGUUUUUCAGAUUUGUUGGUAGUCACAUGGUUUAUAGAUGCUACAGUAAAAAAAAAAUAUGUUGUUGCUGUUGAAUAUCUUAGGUGUGCUGUGAGUAACAGUGAUAGUUGUAUGUCUUUUAAACUGGUUACAUGGACAAAUUUACACUUUUGAUGAAACCUGUUGUUGAUGGACAGUUCUGGGAAAGAUAUUGAAACAAAGUUAGUGUGCUUGAACUUCUCAUUCAAUGCUCUUCAGCAUGACAUGACUAUCUGACUGUUCAAUCUCUUAUGAACUGGUUAAGUGGAAAAACUCCUAUGUAUGAUACAACCAUUGGAAGACUUCAAAUUUGGUUCAAAUUGGUUGUCUUGAAUUUUCUUUUACAGUAUUCUUCUUUCAAGAACGUUGCUAUAAAGUAUUCCUGUUCAGAAUAUGUAAUUCCAACACAAGCUCAAAUGCAUAAUGUAUGAUAAGCAGACAUUUAAAAUGACCUUUACAAUGGUGCUCGCAGUUUGGACAUUUGGCAUUUGAACAGAAACAGACUCAGUACAGUAGGGUAUUUCCAUUAUGGUACAACUGUUUGAUUGUUUGAUGACACAUAAGCCUUGUCUACCUUACCAUUACAUGUAGAAUUUCAGUGUUUGGGUAAGUUAUAAGGGUUUACUCUUACAUUAUUUACUGUGCAUAGGCUGCAUAGUAAGACGUUGUGUUGGACAUCCCACAUGACUAUAUGAUUUGUCUUUAUCAUAGUCUAUUUUGUUCUGUAUCUCCAAAGAAUGGUUUGUGUAUAAUUGGGAGCUGUGUCUGAGUAACUGAGGAUUAUCUCCAUAGUGAUGUGUGAGUGACAGGGAGCUACUGUAAAUCCAUAUAGAUGUGUAAUUAACUGAUGGCCUUGACUUCUAGAACAAGACCAGGAAAUGGAGGAGGCCAACCUAGAGAUUGCUCAGGUAACCAGCUCUAUAGACAGUCCCUUUCCAAGAGACACCGCUGCCUAUGUACAGUAUGUACACUGCCAGAGAAACGGAAAUAGCCUUGGCUACGGCUUGUCUCUAAUCUUAUUGUAUGUAAAUGCAUAUCAAUGGACUAGUAUACAGUAUGUUCUAACAAAAUGCUACAGAUAUGUCAAAUAUUGUAACAGUACCGGACAGCUGUAAAGUAAAAUAUAAUACACAGAUGUUGCACUGCUGUAUGGUAUGUGUUGUGUAUGUACUGUUAUGUACUCUAAAGUAGUGAGCAGAGGCAAGGUAUUGCACAGUAACGCAGAGAUUAGAUCUGUACAUCUGUAGAGAAUGGCAGCUGCCCUAAUGAAUCUGCAGCCUGAUGGCUUUCACAUGACUGUAACCACAGAGUGGAGGAGUGAAGAGAAGAUGAUAAGGGCUCGCAGCAGCUUGAAUCCCUGUCUGUUCACAUGAGCUGAUUCACUUAUCUCUGCUGACUAAAUUCAAUAACCCAACAUCCUAAGAACGGCCGCUACACUAAAGGAGGGAAAAAAUUGGGACACUCUCCAAACGACAACAAUGAAUAAGAUAACGAGGAUAAUGUGACUCAGUGGAGAGCGUUGUAGGAAACAAACCCUGUGACCUAGCUGACCUCUGAUACACUUAGAAAAAAGGCUUUUUGGGCUGUUCCCAUAGGAGAACCCUCUAGAACGUUGGGCCAGUAACCGAAAGGUUGCUAGUUCUAAUCCCUGAGCCGAUAAGGAAAAAAAAUCUGUCAAUGUGCCCUUGAGCAAGGCACUUAACCCUAAUUGCUCCAGGGUUGCUGUUGAUCAUUUCAGACCCUGGCCAUGACCCCACUCUCCGAGGGUGUCUCAGGGAGAGUGGGAUAUGCAAAAAAAUAUAUUUCAAAUUCACGCAUGCCUAUUAAUACACUUGUACAUGUGUGAAAUAGGACACCCACCAAAUUAUUAUUACUAUUGUUAAAACAGCUGCACAUUAUUCCAAGUAAUCUAUUCACCCCCACAUACAGAACCAAUGUAGCAUUUCAUAGUUAUGUUCUGGACAUUCUGGAGCGAUUAGUAAUGUCACAAACAAUCAUAUCACUGUAGUAAUGGUUGUUACAUUCUGACCCCCAACCUCUGACCUGGUGCUCCAGCUGCAGUCCUUGAUGGCGGAGCUGCAUACGGGGCUGCAGGGGGUGUUACAGGACGUGGCUGCGCUGCAGCAGAGAAACAGCAGUCUGGAAGAGAGGGCUCAGACACACCAGAGAGACCUGGAUGACAGGAUCAUGGGAAUCAGGAACUACCUCAACACAUUUAAGGUACCUCACGUCCCACAUGACCUAAUGGAACCUCACUGAUAUCUGAUAGACAAAUAUUUGCCUGUUUGUCAUUCUGCUCAUACCAUAGAAGUGGACUACAGUAAAACCAGUAACAUUCUCUAGCAAUUCAAGCAGGAUGCUUAACACAAAAAAUAGUAUUACAGUAUGUAGCUAUCUGAUACAUGUAUUGUGAAUGUAGCUAGAUAUCGUAGUGAUGUGAUUGUGCUAUACACUCAGCGGCCAGUUUAUUAGGUACCAUUUAGUACCGGAUCGGACCCCCAUUUGACUCCAGAACAGCCUGAAUUCUUAGGGGCAUGGAAACGUUGAUCAAUUGGUAUCAAGGGACCUAACGUGUGCCAGGAAAUUAUUCCCCACACAAUUACACCACCAGCCUGUACCGUUGACACCAGGCAGGAUGGGGCCAUGGACUCAUGCGGCUUACGCCAAAUCCUGACUCUGCCAUCAGCAUGACGCAACAGGAACUGAGAUUCGUCGGACCAGGCAAUGUAUUUCCACUCCUCAAUUAUCCAGUGUUGGUGAUCGCGUGCUCACUGAAGCCACUUCUUCUUGUUUUUAGCUGAUAGGAGAGGAACCUGGUGUUGUCGUCUGCUGCAAUAGCCCAUCCACGACAACAAUUGACGAGUUGUGCAUUCCAAGAUGCUGUACUGCACACCACUGUUGUACUGCGCCGUUAUUUGCCUGUUUGUGGCCCGCCUGUUAGCUUGCACAAUUCUUGCCAUUCUCCUUCAACCUCUCAUCAACGAGCUGUUUUCGCUCACAGGACUGCGCUGACUGGAUGUUUGUCGCACCAUUCUCUGUAAACCCUAGAUACUGUCGUGCGUGAAAAGCCCAGGAGGCCGGCCGUUUCUGAGAUACUGGAACAGACGCGCCUGGCGCCAACAAUCAUACCACGCUCAAAGUUGCUUAGGUCACUCGUUUUGCCCUAACGUUCAAUUGAACAGUAACUGAAUGCCUCGAUGCCUGUCUGCCUGCUUUAUAUGGCAAGCCAAAGCCUGUCUGUAGGAGCGAAACCAUUUUCGUGAACGGGGUGAUUUACCUAAUAAGCUGGCCACUGAGUGUAUGCCCUGGUUGUGUUCAGGAGGACCUGAGCAGUGCUCUAACCCAGAUCAAAGAGGUUAGCAGCAGACAGAAAGAGCUACAGAAAGGCCUGGAGCUCCUCCAAUCAGAGACCGGCAGAGAGAUCCGGCCCGUUCAACAGAGGUGUGUGACACACACACAUUGCAUGCACAAACAUUCACACACACACUUUCAUCACCUGAAAUGAACUCACCAUUCCCCUUGGUUUUGUCAGAAAAAGCUCCAAAGGGGACUGCCCUGGGGAGGGCCAUGCGCGUCUCUCCAACCAGACAGAGCUCAACGUCAUCCAGCAUUACUUUGCCAGCCUGCCCAGCAGCUCUCCACACAGGAGCAUAGCCUCGACACAGAGUGAGUUAUGCCUCUGAGGGACAGACAAUGUCCACUCAUAGAAAAUCCUGUAUGUGUGUCAUUGAUGUACUGACUAGCUGGUUCUUACCCAUUGGGCACAGAUGUCAAUUCAACGUUUAUUCCACGUUGGUUCAAAAAAACGUUGCUUCAACCAGUGAGUGCCCAGUAGGUAAAGAUCUGUUCAUGAAAGCCAUUGAACGUAAUUGCCUUAGCUGAUGCAAAUACCUGGCAGCUGUAUAGGGAUGUUUAUAGCACAUGAAAUCAAUCAGAGACAGUGAAUCGCAUUGACAAAUGCUUGUGUUUUCUCCCUGUGUGUGUACUGUGUGUGGUGCAGCCUCUAACUCAGAGCAGGAGGCAGCCAGUGGCCAGCCCCAGAGGGGUCAGUCUAAGUCUCCAGUGUGGAGAGAAUGGAAAGAGAGCCGGGACGACACGGAUGCACAGAGCGCCCCAGAAAACAGUGAGUGACAUCACCGCUGACGUUACACACAUAAGUGACUUAUUCCCUUGUUACAUUACAGAGCCCUACAUUAAAUUAUUUUGUAGUCAAUAGACUAAUUCCCAUUUAAUGGGUCACAGCUGUGUAAAAAGCAUAUUUAUUUGAUUAACAUUUAUUUAAUUAGGGGAACUCAUUGAGACCAGCGUCUCAUUUCCAAUGGUGCCCUGAGAACAACAGUUCAAACAAUAUGAGCAACAAUUCAAGCAUGAUCACUACAAAAUUACAGUUACAACAUUUCAAAAAAAUUACAUUACAUUCAAAAGGGCAGUAAAAAAAAAAAAGUUGCAACAAAUAUCUAAAAUCAAUCAAAACAAGUGCGGUUUUUAUUGGUCACAUUUUUUAUCAGAGCCCUAAAUUCACAUUUUGGGUCCAAAGAAUCAAGUUUUAGAGUGACCUGUAGGUCAUUCCAGGAUGGAGGGGCAUAGGGACUGAAAGCUGUCUUCCCUAACUCAGAGGAGACCCGUGGACCCUCUAGUACCAACCUGUCUUGAGAGCGAGUCUUAUAGUUACUCAAUUUCAAGUUUAGAAGUGAGGUGAGGUAGUAUGGGAGUUUCUUGAGAAGUGCUUUAUAUACGAAUAAUAGCCUGUUAUAAUAAAUAAUAAUAAAUUGGUCAUUUAGCAGACGCUCUUAUCCAGAGCGACUUACAGGAGCAAUUAGGGUUAAGUGCCUUGCUCAAGGGCACAUUGACAGAUUUUUCACCUAGUCGGCUUGGGGAUUAGAACCAGCGACCUGUCGGUUACUGGUACAACGCUCUUAACCACUAAGCUACCUGCCGCCCUUCUGGUAGUCAGAGAAUCCCAGCCAACAGAACAGAACCACAGUAUAUAAGUCAGUGUGUUGCUUCUUUUCACUUUGUGUAUGUGUGUGUCAGGUAAGAGGCAGGUGGCUGCCCUAGAGCUGUUGGAGUCAGAGAGGGUGUAUGUGUCCUACCUGUCUCUCCUGCUGAAAGCCAACAUCACCUUCAACAGCUCAGAGGCCCUCCACACCAAAGCCAAACGGUACUGUACCACUGACGGGUAUUAUUUACACAUUUAUAUGAGAUGUAGUCGCCGCACUGUGGCUGAACUGUUUUGUUAUAGUUCACAGCAACAGAGCCACCGGACCACUAUUACAUAAGUAUAAACUUCGUAGGAGCCAAUUAAAUGAGGUUCGUAAAUUUGUCACAAUGGGCCAGUGCUUUAGGGUUCAGGGUUAGGGUUUAAUAGUGCACUAUGACUCAUGGAAGCAGAUGUAAUUAUAAAGGUUGCUCUCAACAUUGACCUUGGUAGAACCCUUAGGUUUGGUUCAUAAACAACGAAAGAUAAAUUACUGCUGCAAAAUACAAAAUAAUGCUGCGAAACUUUCUAUUACUAUCAGCAUGCCAUGACUGUUACUUACACUGCAAUUACUAUUACUAGACUCCUUCCACUAUUAUAACAAAAACUGUCAUUGGUCCAUUUACCUCAGUAUUCUGUCUACUAACACCAUAAUGUUUAAAUGCAUCUUCCAAUUCCAUAAUUUCAACUCUGUCGUCUCCUUUGUCUCUUUCUGUAGUAUCCGCAUCUAUUUUCCUCUCUCUUUCAUCCAUCCAGUCUCCAUCUUUUCACAUUUCUGUUUGAGCCUUUAAUCACCCACCACCACCACCACCACCCUCAUCACCACCACCACCUGUACAGUGUACAUUUUCACUCUCUGAUUUAUCUGUUUGUUUUCUCAAUAUUAUUCCCACCUCAAUGCAUUGCCUUCCCGGUGGCCCCUGCCCUCCCCCCUCUCCUUCUCACCAUUCUGUCCGUUACCAUAAAAAUGAUUGCCUCCUCUCUUUAAACUGCUCCCUAGUCUGUUCCUCUGUUCUGUACCUCUCUCCUCGCAGUGUAAUGUGGUGUGAUGUGUUUUACAUCGAUCUCCUCUGUCUCUCUCCAGGCCAUUCCCCAGCUCUCUACGUUUCCUCAUCCAGCAACACCUGGAGCUGCUCCACACCCUGCAGGAGAGGGUGCUCAAGUGCCAGUGGCAGGGCAUCAUGGGAGAUGUAUUCAUGAGGCUCACCAGCAAAGAGGUUUUCAUUUUUCACAGGCACAAAUUCCCCAUGAAGUCAUGGAAAGGGGCCUUGAGUUUUCCCUGUCCACGUAAACUGACCUAGAGAAACUCAGGGCUCUACUCUAGUGAUGGUGUCACAGGCUGGUAGAGCAUGGCGCUUGCAUCGCCAGGGUUGUGGGUUCAUUUCCCACGGGGGGCCAGUAUGAAAAUGUAUGCACUCACUAACUGUAAGUCGCUCUGGAUAAGAGCGUCUGCUAAAUGACUAAAAAUGUAAAAUGUAACUACAUAACCCCUCACAUACAGUAUCCAGCCUAUUAUGUGCUUAUUGUAUUAGGACCAAUGUGUGUUUAAGUGGGUGGGACUGAUUGAAAGAGGGAAUUUAAUUGAUUGGUGGGGUUAGCAGUUAGGGGCCCCAGAGGAGACUGUCCAGGGGGAAGGCUGUGACUCAGACCCGGAUCUAGGAUACAGUGACAAAGGUGGGGAAUUGAAAUCAGUGAGGGGGCACAAUUUUGAGGGGUUCUUGCAUUGGAAUUAUAUUGAAUUCUGCUUAUAUCACACUAUACCACACUAAACAUAAGGUUCAAAUGCUGAGACUCCGAGAAUAUUGAUUGAGUGCUUUUGAAGUGGCAGGUUGGCGUGUAAUCUGUAGCCUAACUCCGCUCCGCUGUAUCAGCACAAUGGACAAUGCCUUACACACUACAGCACUAAUGUCAAACUCAUUCCAUGGAAGGCCGAGCGUCUGCGGGUUUUCACUCCAUCCCUUGUACUUGAUUGAUGAACUAAGGUCACUAAUUAGUAAGGAACUCCCCUCACCUGGUUGUCUAGGUCUUAAUUGAAAUGAAAAAAAUUAUUGAAAUGAAAAAAAUAAAAACCUGCAGACACUCGGCCCUCCGUGAAAUGUGAAAUGAGUUUGACACCCCUGCACUAAAGCAAGGACGUUUUGCUAAUGCAUAUAGGCUAAAAGAUAGAUAAGGUAGUUCACCUAUUACAAACAGCAUAUGUGAAUGCAGCCGUACACACAGCUGCCUUACCAAAAUAAUGCAAACUAAAUGCUGAAAGUAGUAACCUAGUUAUUUAUGCAUGCUUUCAAAAAUACUGAAUAGCAGUUAGGCUUAGAAUACCGACACAACUGCGAAUGCGAACGAAUUAAUGCAAACAGAACAAAACAGCGGUACCAAGUAGGCCUAGUAAACAAAAUAUCAGAUCAAUGAAGGCAUGACACAAUCUAUAUUUAGGCUAGUUACAUUAACAGUAAACAAACGCAGUAAACAAAAGGUGAAUGGAGAUCCAAAUAACCAAAACAUAGCCUACAGUCUACUACAGUGAGAUGCAGCCAUGCACAGCUUCUUGCCAAACAAAUAGGCCUAUAGGCCCGCUUCAAACAUGGAGUUCAGCAACACAUUGUGAUAUGGCACAAUACACUUCUGUAAUUCAAAUUCGACCCAAGUAAUCAAUUAAGCAAUAAUAGCCUACCAUAAACAUGUUUCCAAUACAUAGAGUUCCAUUUACAACCAUGAAAACCAAUAGGCUACCAAAAAAAUCAUAAUAGAAUGUAUCUAUUUCUGUGAUGAACAUACUGAUAUGUAGCUAUACCCAGGGGCGUCAUUUGGGUUCUUGCAUUGGAAUUAUAAUGAAUUCUGCAGUAAUCGAGUAUUCAAGCCCUUGCAGGUAGCCUAGCGGUCAAGAUUGUUGGGUCAGUAACCAAAAGGUUGCUGGUUCAAAUCCCUGAGCUGGCAGGGUGGAGAAAUCUGCAGUUCUGCUGUGUGUUUCUAUGUUUUGUAGUAAAAAAGAUAGAGGAAGAUAAAUGUUUCCAAUGACAUCAUCAACCAAUUAGUAGGCAAUGCCUACUCAUAAUUGGUUAAAAUCACAAGAUGCACACCAAUUAUGUCAUUGGAAACACUUAUCUUCCACUAUAUUUUUACUACAAAACACAGAAACACACAAUUUUCACAUAUAUUGAUGUUGGGGUCAUGCUGGAGAUGAUGAAAUCCCUUUAACCCCCAACAACAACUGCUCCCCUGGCGGCUGAUGACGAUUAAGGCAGCCCCCCGCACCUCUCUGAUUCAGAGGGGUUGGGUUAAAUACACAUUUAGAUUGAAUUCAUUCAGUUGUAUCUCCUUUCCCUUUCCUAUGAACCAGUUGCUAUUAAAUUAACGUUUUUGGACAGAAAACCUGCGGCUAGUGUAGUAUUCUAGGCUAACCUGGGCUGGCUCCUCUGUUCCAAGAUCGUCAGGAACAGUCUGAGGUGGAGGGGGGCUGUGUAGCUAUUGUCCUGGCGGCGCUUGUGGAAGGGUGGGUAGGCUCUGCACACGGAGCUAGCUGGAGCUCGGCAGCAUCAUCGCUGUUGAACUUGGCGGCGGCCUUGAUGGUUUGAUGCUUCUGCUGCUGCUCAUUGCUCUCCUUCUCCUUUGUUUGGGUACUUUGGCAAAGCCAAUUUCUGAUAUCCAUCAUGGCAGUGACAGAUUAGCUGGUUCGAGCUAGCUAAAUAGGCUAUGGCUAAUAACACUAACACUUUUUACAGCUAGCUAAGAAGCUAACUAAACUCUGUUAUGGUGGGGCGUGAGGCAGAGUUAAGUGAAGCAGCUUCAACUGUAAACUUUAACCCGCCCUUAUAAAUUAAAAUCAAAUAUUACAGGCAGAGGCACAUCACGUUAUUCACUUAGCCUACCACAGAUGAGAAGUGUUUUUUCACGCUUUCUAUGGAAACCCAAAGGAGUCAUACCUAACCACCCAUUGGUUUUCCAUAGCCCCCCUACACACACUCUGUCCAUUGUGCUGACAGAGCGCAGCGGAGAUACAGAUUUUGCGCCAACCUGUCAUUUAAUGAUUUGAACUUUUUUGCUAUUUUUAUAUAGGGGGGCACAAGUUUCAACUAAUGGGGCUAAGCCCCUUUUUCUCCCCUCGUGGAACCGGGCCCGCUCCGCUGUGAGGCAGUGCCUCUCCUCACCAAUUACACCAUCACAUGUGGAGUCCUUAAAAUGAAUCACAAAGACCACAUCUGACAAUUAGGAGAGGCGUGGGGAUUGGGGAGAGAGGAUAGAUUUUGUCUCUGUCUAUGUUCCAGAUAAUUUCUCUGUCUGUCUAGAUUCUAGACUAUGACCCUAUCUACUGAGUUUCAAUGACUGACUGACUGUGUCUGUCUGUCUGUCUGUCUCUGUCUCUAAUUCUCCACCUUGUCUGUCUUCUACAGAGUGAUUUCCUGGACUUCUACGUGUCAUAUCUGAAGGAGCUGCCUGAAUGUCUGUCUGUGGUCAGCAUGUUGACCACCACCUCACUAAAAGCAGCCAGCCUUUUUGAGGUAAACUAAGAACGCUGACCAACCAGGCAGUGUUGACCGCAAUCAUGGCCAUGGGAAGAUUUUAUGAGUUGGGGGUGUUUUGGGUUGGGUUACUCCGCUCAUACAGGAGUAAUAAAGAACUAGUUUUUUUUAUCAGGGGGUGCUGUAGCAUCCUCAGCACCCCUACCUCCCCAUUCACUGCAUAGAGCUACCCACAGAGAAGUAUUCACAGUAGUGCAGUUAUCCAGAAAGAAAGGGUUAUUUCAGGAAAUCCUGUUACUAUUGACAGUUAUCGUUUAGUAAUUCUCUUUAUUGACAUUUCGAUUAACAAAGAGCACAUGAUAAGUAGACCUGAGUGAAGUUUAUUAUGACUUAGUUUUUUUUAUGACAUCUUAUCCCAAGUCUUUAUUACUCGAUAAACAUUUUGUACAAUUGAUUUCACAUGAUUUCUGUGGAGACUUGUGUCAACUGACUGUCUCCUCUGAUUGACUGUCUGAUGUUCCAGGGUGACAUCAUCGGGGACGAGACACGCCCCUCUCUCUACACUCUGCUUCUCCAGCCAGUACAAAGGAUCCCUGUGUACCUUCAGCUGCUGCAGGUCAGGCUCCCUCCCCUCCAUGACACUCACAUCUGAUACAUACAGUACACCACCAACACAACAUAGGUAUUUAGAAAAGAGAGCCUUCACCAUCAUAGUAUCUUAUCUCAAAUCAGAGUGGUGGUGACUGUAUAAACUGUUAAGGUUAGUGGCAGGUUCACAUCCCAGCUAGCACAUUUGGUUCGUUGGAAGUUGUGGGAAGGUAUGUUUUUUCAUAUUGGUUGUAGAACAAAGCCAUACUUUCCUGACCGGUAAAACUGAACGUUCUUUUUAACAUUCUGAGAACAGAAGUGAACAUUUAGCCUGUUCUGGGAAUGUACAUUUUUAGGUUGCAGGGAGGUUCUGAGAACGUUUCACUCUGGUUCCCUGAAAUUUGAGGUUUUAUUAACACUGAGAAAUGGAAAUUAUAGGUUAUUUGAAGGUAAUUAAUUAACAUUCUGAGAAAAUUCUCGAAAUGUUGUGAAAGUUUUGUUGUGGAUUUCUUAACACUUAACAUAACUAAAUUUAAAGGUUAUUUGAAGGUUUUUGAAUAACUUACAACUUUCACUGAAUGUAACAAUAAGGCUUUUAAUAACACUGCUAGCUUAUUUUGGGUUAACUCUUUUGAACUCCAAGCACAGAUACAAUAGGACACAUGGAAAUUAAUUUGCUUAGGCGUUAAUCAUACAAACAGUUAUUUUGUUAUUGUGACCAGUGGUGGAAAAAGUACCCAAUUGUCAUACUUGAGUAAAAAUAAAGAUACCUUAAUAGAAAAUGACUCAAGUAAAAGUCACCCAGUAAAAUACUACUUGAGUAAGUCUAAAAGUAUUUGGUUUUAAAUGUACUUCAGUAACAAAAGCAAAUGUAAUUGCUCAAAUAUACUUAAGUAUCAAAAGUAAAAGUAUAAAUCAUUUCAAAUUCCUUAUAUUAAGCAAACCAGAUGGCACCAUUUUAUUUGUUAUAUUUUUUUAUUUACAGAUAGCCAGAGGCACACUCAGGCAUAAUUUACAAACAAAGCAUGUGUGUUUAGUGAGUCCGUCAGAUCAGAGGCAGUAGGAAUGACCAGCGAUGUUCUCUUGAUACAGUGAGGGAAAAAAGUAUUUGAUCCCCUGCUGAUUUUGUACGUUUGCCCACUGACAAAGAAAUGAUCAGUCUAUAAUUUUAAUGGUAGGUUUAUUUGAACAGUGAGAGACAGAAUAACAACAACAAAAUCCAGAAAAACGCAUGUCAAAACUGUUAUACAUUUAUUUGCAUUUUAAUGAGGGAAAUAAGUAUUUGACCCCCUCUCAAUCAGAAAGAUUUCUGGCUCCCAGGUGUCUUUUAUACAGGUAACGAGCUGAGAUUAGGAGCACACUCUUAAAGGGAGUGCUCCUAAUCUCAGCUUGUUACCUGUAUAAAAGACACCUGUCCACAGAAGCAAUCAAAAUCAGAUUCCAAACUCUCCACCAAGGCCAAGACCAAAGAGCUCUCCAAGGAUGUCAGGGACAAGAUUGUAGACCUACACAAGGCUGGAAUGGGCUACAAGACCAUCGCCAAGCAGCUUGGUGAGAAGGUGACAACAGUUGGUGCGAUUAUUCGCAAAUGGAAGAAACACUAAAUAACUGUCAAUCUCCCUUGGCCUGGGGCUCCAUGCAAGAUCUCACCUCGUGGAGUUGCAAUGAUCAUGAGAACGGUGAGGAAUCAGCCCAGAACUACAUGGGAGGAUCUUGUCAAUGAUCUCAAGGCAGCUGGGACCAUAGUCACCAAGAAAACAAUUGGUAACACACUACGCCGUGAAGGACUGAAAUCCUGCAGCGCCCGCAAGGUCCUCCUGCUCAAGAAAGCACAUAUACAGGCCCGUCUGAAGUUUGCCAAUGAACAUUUGAAUGAUUCAGAGGAGAACUGGGUGAAAGUGUUGUGGUCAGAUGAGACCAAAAUCGAGCUCUUUGGCAUCAACUCAACUCGCCGUGUUUGGAGGAGGAGGAAUGCUGCCUAUGACCCCAAGAACACCAUCCCCACCGUCAAACAUGGAGGUGGAAACAUUAUGCUUUGGGGGUGUUUUUCUGCUAAGGGGACAGGACAACUUCACCGCAUCAAAGGGACGAUGGACGGGGCCAUGUACCGUCAAAUCUUGGGUGAGAACCUCCUUCCCUCAGCCAGGGCAUUGAAAAUGGGUGGUGGAUGGGUAUUCCAGCAUGACAAUGUCUCCUGAGUGGCGCAGUGGUCUAAGGCACUGCUUUGCAGUGCUAACUGUGCCACUAGAGAUCCUGGUUCGAAUCCAGGCUCUGCCGCAGCCGGCCGCGACCGGGAGACUCAUGGGCGGCGCACAAUUGGCCCAGCGUCAUCCAGGGUAGGGGAGGGAAUGGCCGGCAGGGAUGUAGCUCAGUUGAUAGAGCAUGGCGUUUGCAACGCCAGGGUUGUGGGUUCGAUUCCCACGGGGGGCCAGUAUAAAAAAUAAUAUAUGUAUUCACUAACUGUAAGUCGCUCUGGAUAAGAGCGUCUGCUAAAUGACUAAAAUGUAAAUGUAACAAUGACCCAAAACACACGGCCAAGGCAACAAAGGAGUGGCUCAAGAAGAAGCACAUUAAGGUCCUGGAGUGGCCUAGCCAGUCUCUAGACCUUAAUCCCAUAGAAAAUCUGUGGAGGGAGCUGAAGGUUCGAGUUGCCAAACGUCAGCCUCGAAACCUUAAUGACUUGGAGAAGAUCUGCAAAGAGUGGGACAAAAUCCCUCCUGAGAUGUGUGCAAACCUGGUGGCCAACUACAAGAAACGUCUGACCUCUGUGAUUGCCAACAAGGGUUUUGCCACCAAGUACUAAGUCAUGUUUUGCAGAGGGGUCAAAUACUUAUUUCCCUCAUUAAAAUGCAAAAUAAUUUAUAACAUUUUUGACAUGCAUUUUUCUGGAUUUUUUUGUUGUUAUUCUGUCUCUCACUGUUCAAAUAAACCUACCAUUAAAAUUAUAGACUGAUCAUGUCUUUGUCAGUGGGCAAACGUACAAAAUCAGCAGGGGAUCAAAUACUUUUUUCCCUCACUGUAAGUGCAUGAAUUGGACCAAUUUCAUGUUCCGCUAAGCAUUCAAAAUGUAACAAGUACUUUUGGGUGUCAGGGAAAUGUAUGGAGUAGAAAGUACAUUAUUUUCUUUAGGAAUGUAGUGAAGUAAAAGUAGUCAAAAAUAUUAAUAUUAAAGUAAAGUACAGAUACCUCACAAAACUACUUAAGUGGUACUUUAUAGUAUUUUUACUUAAGUACUUUACACCACUGAUUUUGACAUGGCAUCAGAAAGAUUCAAACCUAUGAUCUUCUGUUCUCUAUCCCUGGAAUUAGUUCACUGCGCCACCAGGAUGGAGCUAGCAUGACAUGUUUUAUUUUUUUUGGUAUUCAACCAAACCCCAUUUCAAAGGAAACAAGCACUCAUCAGGUUUGGCAAAAUUAGUGGGUGUGGCCAACACACCUGAACACACCUAACAAGAUAGAGGAUAGAGAGAGUUUUCUUGACCCUGAGAAUGAAAUGUAAAAUGUGUGUUUUUUAUGGAAAGUUUUCUUCAUGUUCUUAGAACAGAAUGUAUAUGUUUUUAAAUAACAUUAUUAGAAUGUUUUCCUUACAUUACUAAAGUUUUCUUGUGUUUUUGAUGGAACAUUUUCUUCAUGCUCUGAGAACGGAAUUUAGAGCUAAUUGAUGUUAAUAUGUAGAAUUCCAUUUGUUUUGUACAUUCCCAGAAUAUUACCAAGAACUGACAUUAAAGAGAACCAUACAUUCUCUGAAUGUUCUGAGAACAUUGCUUAAGUUACACCAUUUUAUAGAACAUUCCCAGAAUGUAGUAAAAAUAUGACAUUAAAUAGAACCACAUGGGAACUUGUGUGGAAUGUUCUGUGGAAGUACUGAAAUUCCUACAGAAGAACAUUGUUUCUUAACAUUUGCGGAACUAUUUGAGAACAUUACGAAUAUCAAACCAGUUGGAGAAUGUUCCAAUAAAAUGACCAGAAAUUCAAUUAAAUGUAACCAUGUUUGAACUUUUAGGAAACAUUCUGUUAAAGUAAUUAAAUACCAAGAAAAUAUUAUUUUUUUGUCAAGUUUCUUAAAAAUGUGCUGAGAAUGUUCAAAAGCCAAGCUACUAUCCUGCACUAUUCCCAGAAAGUUGUGGGAAGGUUGUAUGCAAAAUAACCAUAACCACACUCUCACCAACAUAUGGUUCUCUGAACAUUAUGCGCUAGCUGGGAUAAGUCCAUAGCAUUCCUGUGUGGCCUGGUUUGGUUUCAGACCCUGUUGAAGCAGACGGAUGCAGAGCACCCUGACUACUACCUGCUGCUGGUGUGUAUCCAGCAGUUCAGAGCCUUCACCACCCAAUACGCCCACCUACUGCAGCACAGCGAAGAGCUGCUCCUGCACAACCGCAAAGAGCUCAAGAGGUCAGCUUCUGAUCCAGGCUCAGAUUUGGUGUUUUGGUAAGAUUGUGCAGAUGGGGAACAGGAUUCAGAUGGACUGGUCUGAGGACAAUGAACUGUGAUGAUAUACUUUCCAGACAUUCUGCUGUGAAUAUGACCAAAUAAAGAAGAACUCUUUGUGAGGCUUAUGCCGCGUUCAUGUGCUAUUCGGAACUAGGAAACUCUGAAAUGUCUGACUUGCUAAGUGGUUGAACGCGGCACAUGUAUAACUACAACCAGUUAGCAAGUCGAGUUUCCUAGUUCCAACUAUCAUGUGAACGCGGCACAAAUAUAGUUCCUAUCUUGUUCUUGUUACAGGUCAACUAUGAAGCAGUUCUUCAAAAACGUGGACUGUGGUAACAUUAUGCAAGCCAAUGAGAUGGGCUCCCCUUACCCCACCAGCAAUGCAAUACUGUGAGUUAUGUUAUGACUACACUCAGACAGUCAUAUUAGUCAUUAAUGCAUUUAUUUAUGCACUAACUCUCUGACCCACUGACAGUCUCCCCCUCUCGCCUUACAGAGAGCAUGCCAACCAGGUGAAACGCAGCAAGCAGAGGCUCCUGGAGCAGAUCCAGUCUAGACACUUCCAGGACUGGGAGAGCGAGGCCCAUCACUCCGACUCCCCCAUCCCAUUUUUCUCCCCUGACACCAACCCUCGCCUCAAACCCCCAGGCCUGCAGUGUAUCCCUGAGAUGGGGUCAUCAGAGCAGCUGCCCGGCAAACGGCUGCCCCCGGGCUCAGCCCUGUCCGAUGCCCAAGGGGAGUUCUUUCUCUCUGGGGACCCUCCAGGCUUGGAGGGGCUGUAUGAGGAUGCGGACUCGUCUCUCCACAACGUGUCCAUGUUCGACCACUACUCCAGCGCUUCCUCCGACUCUAGUAUCGACAUCGCCUUUGUGCGCUGCCCUAAGAGCCACCAAGCUGUCCGUGAGGUCUACAACAGCGGGGGCAGCCGGGGGAGCAGGUACAAGCAGCUGCCUGGCCGGGGAUGCGUGUCGCCAGACGAGGCCCGAAUGAUGCAAGCUCACCACCACCGCCCCCUGCAGGCCGCUCAGCGUAAGAGCAAGUCCUUGAACGGGUUACAGCUGGACAGCACUGUGAGUGGGGACAGUGGCCCUGGACAUCUGUCUGACCACCUGAGGGGCCAAGGGGCCCACCAACACGCCAAGCUGGAGAGGCAAUCUAGUAAUAAAUAUCACCCACGCAGCAGCAAGGGCCAGAGCAGCAACAACAACCCCAUCAGCCCCCCGCAGCACAGAGCAGAGCCAGAGAGACAGAUAGCAUCCACUGACGAGGAGCUGCAUAACAACAAGGUGGGCAUCAGGGAGUGGCUGGAUGGAGCCCACAGUUAACAAGCAGUGGGGUUGAGUUUAUGAGAAGCCAUAAAAUGGUUGUUCAUUUUUAGAUGGGAAAUGGGUGGGUCAGCCAUAUAAAUAAAUAUGAGAUUACUAAGCACUGCUGGGAGGUGUGUGUGUGUGUCUCAGUUCGGGGGCUAUUUGUGACUAGUAUGUACUAUGUGUGUGAUAUUGUUAUAGACCUCUGGGUGUCUUUACAACAAAUAUUACUCCUUUACGUAGGACUCUGGGAUCCCACCCUGGGGGGAGGAGCCAAAAUGGAAGGCUGAGGGGAAUAACCACACCCCCUUCAGUGAGAGGAGCCGGAAACAGGAGAAGGGAGGCUUCCGUAGUUCCUUCAAGAAGCUCUUCAAGAAAAAGUAAAAUACGCUGUAUCUGCUGACCAAAAUGUCAGUUAUCAGCAGCAUUUUACAACACCAUUAAUUUAAAGUAGCUAAGAAUAAACAAUGUUUGUCAAACACAUGAUGGAAUUACUCAAGUAAUGCUGUAUCAAGUUUUUUCGGCCUAUUAGCGGUGUAGUAACCUCAUUAUUACGGUGUGUCCUCUAGGUCAGGUGGAGGAGACAAGGACAAGGACAAAGAUAAGACAGAAAGCCAGAACUCCAGUGACCAGGAGGCAGGCAAGACCCCAAGAGUCGCCCACCUAGGCAUCGAACGUGGGACUGCCGUGUGAAAAGUGUGACUAGAGCGUCACCAGCAGAGAAACACAUUGCUCUGAGAAAGGCUUCAAAUAGGUGCCUUGAUAACACACACACACACACUUCUCAGUGAAAUUAUAGGGUAUAUAGACGCACGUACUGAGUGUACAAAACAUUUGGAACACCUGCACUUUCCAUGACAGACUGAGCAGGUGAAAGCUAUGAUCCCUUAU